AAAACGAAGAUUAAUAAUAAAAAGUUGCAGUCGAUAACUUCAACAGACGUUUAAACGAUACAAGAGGAGUGAAAAGACCUCGUGAAUUCGGAUAUCAAACAUGUCUCAACAGACUUCUAUGUAUCAAUAUUAUAAGGUGACCAGUGCCGGGCGACAGCAAACUGGCAAGAAAUCUUCAAUCGUUGUCAAAAUGCCUGGAGAGGCUCUGAAGCAGAAGGAAAAUUCCAUUAAGAAGGUGCAAGUAAACUGUCCUAACCAGCAUGCGGCCAUGGUUACUCCGUCGGAGCGUUAUGGCAACCGUUUGUCGACAGUGUCGUUGAUCGAUCUUGGUGGGAACGAGGAUGUGGACUUGUCGAGUAUCGGGCACUUCGUUAGCGAGCCAAAGCCCCUUUCACACCAGGAAUCAUUCAACUCCAGCUUCGCUUCGACGCCGACUAAGUACAACCAAUCUGAGAAAAGAGCCUUAUCCGGCACAAGAAGAAGUAGCAGCAUGUCGCCGCGCAAAAAGUCCCAGAAAACACCGGUCAGCACAGUUAUAAAGAGACUGAAACAUCGAAGCCCAAGAAAAUUAAUAUACAACGAGGCGAUUGAUACCAGCAAAGUUUCCGAAGUUGUAGAGAUCCUGAACCUUGCUAGAGCUGGGGUCUUGCCGAAGAACAAUUUUUUUCUUCCACAAGUGUAUCAAAAUAAUGAUUCUGAACCACCUGAAAAAGGCUAUUUGGAGAUAGAUGAUACAACCUCUGCCUAUCAUAUCGAUAGGGUGAAUAUACCAAAUGAGAAGCAUGCUGAGCAUAUGUUUAAUAUUGUUGUUGACGUUUUUUCAAACCCUAUCAAUUGUGGGUAUUUCGACGAUGAUGAACUUGAUCGAAUAUUUGAUAUGCUCACAUUGAGCCAACAAUCGCAAGCACUUUUUGCUAGGAUGAUUCUGAGGACGCACAAUUGGAAGAGACGCGUCUCUAUUAAGUAUCCAGAAAUUGCUGAAGACCUCAACCCGAUGUUCGACGAAUUAGAAGAAAAAAAAUUCUUCACUUCCAAUACCAAUGAUGUUUCCCUUGAAAAUCUGCUAGCGAUACUGUCGGCAAGCGAGGUUCACGAUGUGGCAAAGCAGUCGAACAUACCUCGUCAGAAAACGAAGGAAUCAGCGAUUAGAAAAAUUCUGAAUACCACUUCUACACAAUCCUUAUUUCCUGGAAGAGAAAGUCCCGCUACGGUGCUAAGAAAAAGGGUUCUCAACGCAUUGGGACCUUGCAUUUGCCUAUUGCAAGAAAUGAUAGAUCUCGUAGAACGUAUCAUCACCCUCUUCAUACCUGCACAAGAAAUAAGUGCAACCCUUUCCAGCACGUUUCUUCAACUUACAAUGAUUAAAGAUGGUAGUUUGAUAUAUCCGGAAGUGCAGGUUCAUAAGGUUCCCGUGUUUCAAAAUAGAGAUCAUCUCGUGCGGUAUGUCGACUGGAAACAAAAGUGGAAGGUUGUUCUUGAGCUGCCCAGAGGUGAGCGAAGAAAUUGGGAGACAUUUAGAAGGAUUGGGAGAGACGCUCAUUCGCGUUUGAUGUUUCUUUUGCGACAGAAUCCAAUCAGUCAAACAAACACCGGAAUGCCUCGACAUGUUCAGAAAUUCAGCGAGGAAUAUGUAUGCAUGAAAAUAGUAACAUCUUGCUUAGAAAUAUUCAAGAAAGAAAGCUCUACCAUACCAGAAGCGAUUAAAAUGCUAAAUGACCUUAUAAACCAGGAGACCUAUCUGCAGAGCAGAAAAGGUGAAUGGUACGACGAAUUGGCAUUGAUAGAGACAAAGUAUAACAAAAACCUGAAUGAUGCUGCUAGUAUAAUUAUAAAGGGACUGACUCAUGCGGCUGUCACGGAAAUCGGAAAGCACGUUCUUACAAAAAGAGCUUGUAUGUUGGCAAAGAGAAAAAAAGGCAUAAAUCGAGAGGUACAGUCACAUUUGAAGGAUCUUAUCAAGCCGGAAAUACUCAGAGAGCCUCACAAGGUCUCGAUAAAUGGAAAAGUGAUACAGGGGAAUAAAACUGGAAGGAAAACAACGUGGACAAUGGAUAUGGGAGAUGGAGACAAAGGUUAUAUGGGAGUCGAGCAACGGGCUGUGUGUUAUUAUGAGGAAUUGGGAUACAUUCACAAGUGGCAUUGCGAGGGUUCAUUUCCCGUAACUUUGUUUGCGCUCGUGAUGUGGGAAGAACUUUACACUUUGUCAGUUCGCGGCACAUAUAUGAGCUUGUACCAAAGAGCUCCGCUGGAUUUAUACACCUCGGAGUUUUAUACCAACAGAAAAGAAGAAAUUGAUAGAAAGAUUGAAUUCAUUGAAACUCUGAGCGAGGAGCAGCUGUGCAGUUUGAUUGAAACUUCCUUAGAGACCCGAAACCACUACGAAUCGCUCAUACCGAAGCCUCUAGCUAUUUCCAAUGAGCAGUUUGUUGAUCUAGUCCGAUGCAUGGGAUCUGUUAUUGUGGCAGGGAUCUGUAAGAGAAUGGGGUCUAACUUCAGUGUGUGGAAAGCAGGUUUCCCUGACUUAGUGAUCUGGAAUCCCGUGGGAAAAAGGUACAAGAUUGUAGAGGUGAAAGGACCUGGGGACACGUUAUCUCCUAAACAAACUUUGUGGAUGAGAUACCUGAAAGAUCUUGGUGCUGACAUCGAACUUUGUGAAAUUAAAAGUAAGCUAUUCAAUUAUUAUUCAUCUCCCAUCACCAUAGUUAAUCAUUAUCACAACCAUAAUUUGAUAGAUUUAAUUUUCCUGCAUUGUUCACAAAGCCAGGGCUUGUGGUAUCGUAGUUGCACACGGACCUGUGAAAUGAAACACUUACUGAAAUUGAUUUGUAGCUGGAGUACUUUCAACAUUGAAUUCAGCAACAACGACUCCACGGUCAGCCACUUGAGGAGCAAACAUGGCAGCAGGGUAGACAACGGAUGAGGUGCCAAUGACGAGGCAAAUGUCACACUUUUCUACGGCCUCACCUGGGGAUAUUUUACAAAAAUAAUUUUACGCAAAGUUGCAUGAUAUUUUUAUACACAAACAUUGUGAUGUAGAGAAUUUAUCAGACUGUUUAACAUAAAGUGGUAUUAUUUUAUCAUA